AUGGCUCUUCAUAUUCAUGAAGCUUGCAUACUUCUAUUGGUCAUCCCUGGAUUGGUCACCUCUGCUGCCAUCAGUCACGAAGACUAUCCUGCUGAUGAAGGUGACCAGGCUUCCAGUAAUGACAAUCUGAUCUUUGAUGACUAUCGAGGGAAAGGGUGUGUGGAUGACAGCGGCUUUGUAUACAAGUUGGGAGAACGGUUUUUCCCGGGGCAUUCCAACUGUCCAUGUGUCUGUGCUCUAGAUGGACCUGUUUGUGAGCAGCCAGAAUGCCCUAAAAUUCAUCCGAAAUGUACAAAAGUGGAGUACAAUGGAUGCUGUCCCGAAUGUAAAGAAGUGAAAAACUUUUGUGAAUAUCAUGGAAAAAAUUACAAAAUCUUGGAGGAAUUUAAGCCCUCUCCAUGUGAAUGGUGUCGCUGUGAGCCCAGCAAUGAAGUUCACUGUGUUGUAGCAGACUGCGCAGUUCCUGAGUGUGUCAACCCAAUCUAUGAACCAGAACAGUGUUGUCCUGUCUGCAAAAAUGGUCCAAACUGCUUUGCCGGAACUACAAUAAUUCCAGCUGGCAUUGAAGUGAAAGUGGACGACUGUAACAUCUGUCAUUGUCACAACGGGGACUGGUGGAAACCCGCUCAGUGUUCGAAGCGCGAAUGCCAAGGCAAGCAGCCUCUGUAG